AUGGGAAAGAAAAUUUGGCUGUCAAAAAUGUCUAUGGUAUGCAUACUAUUGCUGAUACUGUGGGAGAUGGCUUUGCCUUCUAUGGCCUGUCCUUCAGAUGGAACUGAGUGCAGUAACUGUAUCACAAAUCAAAUGAAAUCCAGUUGCCCAAGAUGUGUUCCAAUAAUGCAAUGCAUGGCUCGAUGUUUGUGGGGUGGAACGUGUCGUUCCAAGUGUAUCAAGAAAUGUGACUGCAAUGGUGGCUAUCCAAGGCUAGCCGAUUGCAAGAAAUGCUUGUCGCAGUGCAAAUGCAGUUGUUCAAGUUAG